CUAUGACAAAUGCAAGGAUUAUCAUUAAAUAAAUGAAAGUUUUUGCUGUUUUGCAUUGAGGUUGAGAGGAGACCAUUUUAUUGGACGGGUGGACGGCUCCCUCCAGUGGAGAUUAUGAGUAUUGCAAAUGGAGGAUCUUCCCAAAUUCCCCGCUCAGUCUCUUGUGACGAUGGAUAGAUCGAGUGGAGCGCUCCGGAAACGUCACCAGCACAACAGCCAGCCUGAAGGAGAGAGUGAAGAAAGCAAAUGCCAGGCACAGUCCCAAACGGCAGCACCGGUGACUGACAAAUACUGUCAAACUGAGCACCACCACCAUGGCUGUUGUGAGCCAGCUUAUACCCAGGAGCCAGGAGACCCUCCUUUGUUGCAGCAACAACUACCGACCUCGAAAUCCGGCAUCCAGCAGAUCAUUGAGUGUUUCCGAUCAGGAACCAUGCAGCUGAAACACAUUUUGCUGAGGGAGGUUGACACCAUCUUUGAGUGCAAGCUUUGCCGCAGCCUCUUCAGAGGAUUGCCCAAUCUGAUCACACACAAGGAGUUCUAUUGCUUUCCCAGCCUGAAGAUGGAUCAGAACAUUGCGGAGGCCAAGGACAGGCCUGGCCAGAGCCUGCGGGAGCUGCUGGAUGCCAUUGCCCCGCCCCGGGUGGACCAGGAGUACACAGUCAAGCUGGAGCCCAUCCUGAGCAAUCGCAACGCUGUCUUCCAGCGAGUGACCAGGGCCCAGGAGACUGAGCUAGCAGCAACCGAGCCGCCCGGGCCAGGUCCAGGGCCUGAGGUGCCAGCUGGCGAGCAGGAGGCCACGGUGGUGGUGGAGAUGGAGGAUGAGGCGGGAGACGAGGCCCCACGGCUGCAGGAGGAGGUAGAAAGCGAGGAGGCCGGGCCGGAGCAGGUUGCUGCGGUUACCGCCCAGCACUUGCUCUGCUGCCUGUGCGGCAAGGCCUUUCCCAGCCGGCGAGGCGUCCGCAGGCACGUCCGCAAGGUGCAUGGCAAGAGGAUGGAGGAGCUCAAGGGCUACAAUGAGGAGCGAGCGGCUGGGGAGGAGGCCAGAACCGAGGAAGAGGGCGGUGGAGGGGGCCAGCUUGCCAGUUGCCUGAUCCUGACCCCAGGCCGCAGCUGCCCCGUUUGUCACAAGCUGUUUGCCACCAAGGCCAACGUGCGGCGCCACUUCGACGAGGUGCACCGCGGGCUGCGGAGAGACUCCAUCACCCCCGACAUCGCCACCAAACCCGGGCAGCCGCUGCAACUCAAGCUGCAGGCCCCAGGCCUUCAGUACAGCCUGGCCACCUGCAGGUGCCUCCUGUGCAAGCGCAAGUACAGCUCGCAGCUCGCCCUGCGCCGCCAUCUCAUCAUCGUCCACAAGAUCAGCCCGACUCCCCAGCCUGAGCUGAAAGCCAAGCUUGAGCCCGGCCUGACCCAAGUGGCCGACACCCCUACCCCAUCCAAGCUGGAGCCUGAGGCCUGCGCCGCCCAGUCCGAACCUGUGGCCUCGGAGAGGAAGUCCGGCAGCAAGGUGAAGCAGGAGAGCCCGAAAGCGGCAGCUGUGGAAGCAACAGGACCAAAGGCCCGAAAGCCUAAGGGGUCAGCGGGCCUGGAGCUGAAGGAGGAGCCAGGGGCUGGAGUCAGAGCGAAGGCCAGGAAGCAGAAGCCGGGCCCGGAGCUAGGGGUUAAGGCCAGGAGGCUGAAGCUGGAGCCCGGGUCUGAGGUGGGUUCGAAGGCCAGGAAGCAGAAGGCCCCAGAGGGGAGGGAAGAGGCUGGGGGCGGAGGCUGGAGGGCCCGUCGCCCAAAGCUUUCCCUCGGCUUCGACUUCAAGCAGCUGUACUGCAAGCUGUGCAAGAGGCGCUUCACGUCACGGCAGAACCUGACCAAGCACAUCGCGCUGCACACGGACGGCACCGGCCUGUACGUCAAAUUCUUCCGCUGCCCGCUUUGCCCGUACGAGACCCGCCGCAAGCGCGAUGUGUUCCGCCACGUGGCCGUGGUGCACAGCAAGAGCCCGCGCUACCUGGCCCGCAUGAGCGCUGCGCUGGAGGCCCGGGCAGUGCACCGGCCCAUCGAGAGCGUACUGGAGCGCACCGGCCGCCGCCCACGCUCCCCGCACAACCUCAAAACCCCCGUCACCGGCACCACCGAGGUCAGGCUCACUGACACCUUCUCGCUCCACAAGUGUGGCAAGUGCGGCAAGGCUUUUGCCAGGAAGAGCUCACUGGACCAGCACAGCCGGGCGCACGCCAAGGGGUCGGCCGAGGCCACCGCCAACAACAACACUGCCACCAGCAAAGUGACCCGCAGCCGCUCCCAGGCCUUGCUCAUCGAUUUGUCCAGGUGACGUGCCACAAGUAGGCUGAAUGUGGGAACGGAUAUGGUUUCAUCACUGAGCGAGUCCAAUCUGCAUCAAGCAGCCCAGGUGUGGUCAGGGGUCCAUCACUGUCCAUCUUUAAUGCCAGAGGCAACAUCGGUGCAUGGAUUUACGGGCUGAAGUGCCCAGAGGUGAAAGCCUGGCUUGGAUUAGUUUAACUGGUGCCGAUGAACGCUGAGGUUUGCUCCAACAUGUUGGAGAAAGGGCUUGCGAGCAAGCGAGUGGACUGGACUGGAGUCACUUCAGACUGAGGUUACGAAAACUGUGCACAAAAUACCAGAGCGAAUGAAGUAGUGUAUUUGACGGGGUGGGGCUGGGCAUUGUUCAGAUGAUGGGGAGUAAAGGCAUAGACUUGAUAAUUAGCCCCUCUACUGUAGCCAACACUAGACACAAACAGUUUUGUAUUCUUUAAUUCUUAUAAAGGUAUGGCGUCUUUUUCUUAAA